GACCUCCUUGUUGAUGGGACUACCCAUAUUGUGAAGAAGAUUGUUGUCCACACCAACGUGCCGGGAUCGCCUUUGUUCCAAAGAUACAAACGGUGUCCCUGGGAGAUUGAAGGUAGGCCAUAAGACGACGAAGACGGUACGUGCAGUGAUGCUAGGUAGAUCGCUCGGUCACUCAAUGACAAGCAGAGACACAUCCCCGUGUCGGAUUCUACGACACAGUGAGAAUGCCGAGUUGAUUCGCUAUCUGCGCUCACCUGUCGUUCGUCAGGGUGAUACGAUCAGUCAUUUCCUGAGUCCCAAAGCACAACCACCCACCAUGCUUCUCGACCGCACUGACGAAGACGAUGCACUGACACUCCCUAGCUCGAAGACCCGUCUGCUGGGGUUCGACGGGAUCAUUCUCGAGGCCACGGAGUCGACGCAAGUGGUGUCUGUGAUGCUAUUCUGACGACCCAGCCAGCGUUUCCUAUAAACCCAAGGGGACUGCGAUCGUCCACGAACAGUCCAUUGCAAUCGCAUGUUUGUACACAUCUACAUUACAUUAGCUUGCUUUGAAGAGAUCAGACCAAACGGUUCUCAGUUCUUCAAGGUCAGUGAUG